GUAUCAGAUUCGUGCUCUGUGAUCGGUAUUUUUUCAUACAUCCGAAUUCCGAAAGCAAAGGAUCCGAAAUUCCUGGUUGUUUUAAUUAUUAAAAGUAUUUAUUUACAAAUAUAUUGUUUAAGUGCAAACAGUAUAGUUGUCAAUCAUGGCUGACAAAUUAACUCUCGAUAAGCAGGCCAUGAAAGAUCGGGCUACGGCCCAUCUUAGAAUAUACGUCGGCGGCCUAGCUGACGAAACGACGGUGGACGAUGUUUAUAAUCAUUUCAUAGAAUAUGGUCAAAUCGAUGGCAUACUAGUGAAUAGGGUGUUCGGCUUCGUACAGUUCAAUCAGGAGUCGAGUGCGAAUGAAGCUAUUGCUAAGGCCAACGGCAGUAUGUUUCAAGGGAAGAAAAUUACCGUGAGACCCGCAAAUGUCAGUGGAGCGAAUGUAAGGCGAGAGACAGAAGUGGUGACAGUACAUUCUGACAUACCACCAGCUGUAGCACUCAGUGAUAACAUUCCUGGUGCGGAAGAAGUUGCAGAUGAACCUUAUGACAACUAUGGCAAUUAUGUUGGAGACCAGAGUUAUGGUGAUGAGUAUGAAGAAACAGGACGGGACUACAACAUGCGAGAGGGACAGCGCGGGGGGCCGCGGGGCCGGGGCCGCGGACGAGGCAGGGGCAGGGGGGCUGUGCCUGGAGGCUUCCGAGAUCGUUCCCCAGUUAGAGGUAAUAAUGACUGGCCUGAGAAAAGAAGCUUUGAUCGGUUUUCUCAACCAGAAUACCCUCGAGCUUUGCCGGUGCCCGAGAAGAAUGACUGCGAAAUUAUUGUUGUCUCUAAACAACUCACGGAAUAUGCUGAGUAUAUAGAAGGUCGUCUCAAAAGGUUGGGUAUAGUCGUGGAUUUACUGUUCCCGAUGGAGGACGUCCCUAUCGGCAAAGUGCUGGGCAACAUCGCUUCCCGAGGCUGCCUGUACGCCAUACUCGUGAUGCCGCUGAACCAAGAGAAUAGAUCACUGACGCUUACGAUACUCCAUGGAUUACCGCAAGAACACCGUAACAUACCACUAGAAGACGCCCUGCAGCUGAUGUCCCGAAACUUCCAAGAAGUCAAACGCGGCGGACCCUCGGGAAGGGAAGCCGUGUACGCUCUGUUGGGGCAGCUGGCCGACGGUCGCAGUCUCACUGUGCUACAGUACGAUAAGGUCAUGGAAUACUUGCAGGAGCGUCGAGAUCAGCAAGUCAAACUGGAGCUAGGCGAACCAUUGACCUCAACGGCUCCAGCCACCAAAACCCAAGUGGACUUGCAACAGAGAAUACUGAGCAUCCUCAAUGACAAGAAAGCGGCAUCCAAGGCCGAGCCCCCCAAACCAGAGCCUCAAAACAAACUCCUGAAUGACCCCACUGUUAGAAAAGCUUUAGAUUCCAUAUUACAAAAAUUUGUAUAAGCUCCAUCUUUUUAAAAUAUAAAUUACCUUUUAGA